GUUAGUUAUUAGUAGCAAAAAUGGUACAAAAUGAUCUUAUAGUUGGUUGUUUGAUUGGAUUUUGAUAUAAAAUGUAGGAGGAAGCAAGAGCAGUAGAGCUGCUGAGAAGUGAGAAAAUGGAAAAUUUAGUUGGGUGUUGUUGUGAGGGUGAUGAGAGAUUGCUAGUUGCUGAGUUCAUGCCCAAUGAAACACUUUCUAAGCAUCUCUUUCACUGGGAAAAUCAGCCUUUGAAAUGGGCUAUGAGGUUGAGAGUGGCAUUGUGUUUAGCACAAGCCUUGGAAUAUUGUAGCAGUAAAGGAAUAUCAUUGUACCACGACCUUAAUGCUUAUAGAGUUUCAUUUGACCAGGAUGGUAAUCCCAGGCUCUCUUGCUUUAGCCUCAUGAAAAACAGCCGAGAUGGCAAAAGCUAUAGUACAAAUUUGGCUUUCACUCCUCCUGAGUACAUGAGGACAGGUCGAAUUUCUCCAGUGAGCGUGAUCUACAGUUUUGGCACCUUACUGAUUGACUUUCUCAGUGGGAAACAUAUACCGCCAAGCCAUGCACUUGAUCUCAUACGUGGAAAAAACUUUUCGAUGUUGAUCGACUCUAAUUUAGAGGGACAUUUUUCAAAUGAUGAUGGAACUGAAUUAGUACGAUUAGCAUAACGUUGCUUGUAGUAUGAAGCUCAUGAAAGGCCUAAUGGCAGAUCUCUUGUGACAGCUCUUACUCCACUUCAGAAAGAAACUGAGGUGAGCCUAAUUUUAAUUCCUCUCCUGAGACAUUUGUUUUUUUUUUAUUUAAUGCACUGGAUAAAUUUCUUGGCUUUACCGGCCAAACACCUUGUUUGAGAGAUUAAUGCUUGAGAAGAUACAUCAUCUUAAGCAC